CGUGAUUGUGGUGAUUUACCUUAUUUUUAAUAGAACUAGAGUUAGAGUUUUGCCUUACGUACGUUUUCCUUGUUACCUAUUCUAGUUUUAUUGAGUGAUUAUGGAUAGUGCAACAGACAACUGGGAUCCUGCUUUGACUAGGCUGCUAUCUUCACUGAAAGAAGUGCAGUCAGGCGGAGAAGAUGUUGCUUUUCUGAAUGAACUUCUUCAAUCAAGGCAACUGAAUGCACUUGUUCAAGUACAUAAUAAAAUAGUGGCAGCACAAUGCAAGGAUGACAAAUUCUUUCCCCUUCUUUCUAAUGCCAUGCAAGUCACACUAGAAGUGUUAGAAAUGUUUGGAAAUGUGCAUACAGUUUCAAAAGAGUUUGAAGAGCUGCUAAUUUUACUACAGAAACCUCAUUUACAGGCCAUCCUCUGUACUCAUGAUGCUGUGGCACAAAAAGACUACUACCCUCAUUUACCAGACAUUCCACAAGAUGUAGAUGAUGAAGAGGAAACUGUGAAAAUAGUUCAACUAGUCAAAAGUGAUGAACCACUGGGUGGAGCUCAGAGUGCCGAGCCAAUAGUGGGUGCUACGAUAAAGACAGAUGAGGAGACUGGAAAAAUCGUUAUAGCCAGAGUAAUGCACGGCGGUGCCGCAGACCGGUCAGGUCUUAUACACGCCGGUGAUGAAGUCAUUGAAGUUAAUGGUAUAAGCGUGGAGAAUAAAACACCGGCGGAUGUGCUUUCUAUCUUGCAAAGUUCAGAGGGGACAAUAACAUUUAAAUUAGUACCGUCCUUCGGAAAAGGUGGUUCCAGGGAGAGCAAAGUGAGAGUUCGUGCCCUAUUUAAUUAUAAUUCUUCUGAAGAUCCAUACAUUCCAUGUAAAGAAGCGGGUCUCAAUUUCAAAAAGGGUGACAUCUUGCACAUCGUUUCGCAGGACGAUGCAUAUUGGUGGCAAGCUCGUCGUGAGGGAGAUCGUGUGAUGCGAGCUGGGCUCAUACCAUCCAGAGCUUUACAAGAGGGUCGUAUCAUACAUGAGCGCCAAGCCGACCCGCAAACGAUGGAUGGUGAGCGGAGGCUUUCAUUACAGUUCGGCAAACCCGCGCUUUGUAGUCCGUCACAAGCUAAUUCCGAUUGCGGACCGAAAACACCUUGUUCACCGACACCAAACGCCACAGCCCUGCUCCCAUGCAAAUCGCUACCCAAAGUCAAAAAGAUCAUAUACGACAUAAAAGAGAACGAUGACUUUGAUCGAGAAAUUAUUCCAACAUACGAAGAGGUGGCCCGAUUGUAUCCACGUCCUGGGCUAGUGAGACCCAUAGUGCUAGUUGGUGCGCCCGGCGUCGGUCGCAACGAACUACGGAGGCGGCUCAUAGCAACUGAUCCGGAGAAAUAUGUUACACCAGUGCCAUAUACUUCGCGCGCACAAAAGACCAGUGAGCAAAAUGGAAAGGAAUAUGUGUUUGUUACGCGUGAGAAAAUGGAGCAGGAUAUCUCUGAUGGGAAGUUCAUAGAGCACGGAGAGUAUAAGGGCAACCUCUAUGGAACUUCGGCAGAGUGUGUAGAGACUAUAGUUAAUUCAGGGCGUGUUUGUGUACUGAGCCCACACUGGCAGGCGCUUAAGAUGCUGCGUACUCCUCGGCUACGCCCCUACAUCGUAUUUAUAAAACCACCAACUUUAGAAAAGCUCAUCAAGACUAGGACUGCUGCUAACGCUCGCUCGACUUUUGAUAAGGAAUGUUCACGAGCGUUUACGGAGGAAGAGUUUACGGAUAUUAUAAGAUCUUCAAAUCGCAUAAAUUUUCUAUACGGCUACAUGUUUGACGAAGAGAUAGUUAACGAAGAUUUGGCAGCCGCUCUUACACAGCUGCUGAAGAUGGCGUGGAGAGUCCAGUCUGAACCUCUUUGGGUACCGGCGGCGUGGGUUCAGUGAGUCGUAUCUGAUUAGUUAAAUUAUAUUUUAUUGUGUUAUAGUCUAGGGUAACCAUUUAGUUGCGUUAUAUAUUUUUGCGUUAUCUGUAAAGUUUCGUUGUUACAUUAGAAUAAGUUAACUUUUAAAUUACUCUCAUAUCGCUGGCGAAAUGGGAUAGUUUUGAUGUUUGUUGUCGCGUAGGUUUAUAUUUAUUUUUUAUUAUUUCGUUUUGAUGUUGUAAAUAUGUAUAAAGUCGCCACUAUGCCUUUGUAUUUUAACAAGAAUGUGUGUCCUCACAGGUAAGUGUAAAGAUUUAAGUUUUUUUUUUUCACCUUAUUCAAAAUGAUGUACCCCGUUCUUUAGUUCUGAUAUUUGAUACUUUAAAUAAAUUAUAAUAGUAAAAUGAACUGGCAUAUAUCCCCUGACAUAGAACAAAAGGCGCAAUAUGUGGUUUGUAAGUAUUUGAGUAGUUGAUUAAAUACUAUCCCAUUACGGAAGCUUAGUUGUAACUAGGUAGACUACGACUUGCUUCAUAAGCAUAUUGAACAAUGCUGUACCAAAACAUGAAAAUCGUUAUCAAGCUCAAUUUAAAAUUUUUUUUUAAAUUUUAUCGAGUUUUUAGAAGUGAAACCAAACUUUCCUAUUGUACUUAUACCGGCUGAGGUUUUGAGAUACUUAUCAUGGCAGCUACUUUAACCGAUAAAGCUAGAUAGAUUUGUUAUAAAAUAUCAGAGAUUAUAAAAAUAUCUUACUGUAUUCAGAAAUGAAGAAAAUUAAACAUUUUGUUCAAAACUAUAACCUUGUACACAAACCUUAUUCGCAGAACACGAACAUGCUUACUUUUGUCUAAAGAUGCCAUUAUUCAAACGCUCAUCCUGUAUAUGUCAAUGCAUUGUAUUUUGUUAAUUGUUAAUGACAACGUUUUAUAUGAAUUAAAUUAAAGUUAUUCAAUAUUAUUGAUUACCUUUAAGUUAAUCUCAUUAUCUUGAGAAUUACUGACUUUAUUCCAUACAUAUAUAAGUUAUAUUUUUAGGACAGAAUCGUUGGAAAAGUGAGAUAAUUUGUAACUUAUAAACUUAGAACUACUCCUAUUUAUUGGUUUUUAUUUAUCUGCAAGAUAUGAUACAUGAUGGAGCAUACUACGUUUCCUCAUAAUAAAUAGGUAACUAUACCCCCUGCAAUAACAAAGAUGGUGGUGAAAUUAACUUAAACUCUUGUUUGUAUUAAGAGACGACAGACUUAUCAACCACAAAAAUUAAAUUUUUACUUUAGAAGCAAUUGUUAGUUUAUUAUUCGGAUGUUUGCCUUACAAGAAAUAAAAAAAAAAUCAUGUCACCAUUUAUUCUUCGCAAUUAAUUACUUCAAAGGGUACUAAAAUAAAAUUUCUACGGACACACAUUUUGUAAAGAGCGGAUGAAGAGAAGAAAAUCCUUAUAGAAGAGGUUAUGAACGCUUCGCGCCGUUUUGCUGUUUUACGUCAUAUGCCCGUAAUAUCUGAACUGUUUUCUUUGAAAUGAUUAUCAGUCUGGUUGGCCCCGAAAAUCUAAUGCGAUAGUUUUAUGAACCGAAAAACUUUUUUAUUUUUUAUUUUUAUUAGGUAAAUAUCAUCCAUUGCAAUCCCACUUGAUGCUAAGUUAUAAUGCGGCCUAAGGUGGAACACGCUCUCCUUGAAAAUUCGAAGUAACCAAUUAACAAAUUACAGGAAAAAAAUAAACAAAAAAAAUUAACAAAAAUACAGGAAUCGGAGAAAACUCAAAUCUGAAUGGUAUUUUAGAUCUCCUCGGUGUCGUAUUAGAAAGGAGGAAGCGAAUUGGUUACAUUACAUAAAACGGAAGUCGGUAAGGGAGGCCGGCUACUUAUUCUGCGACCAGAUAAUUUUACGUUAAAGUUUUUUUUUUAAAUAAUUUUAUAACAAGAUAGUUAAAAGCGCGCGGCCAAACAGUUCUUUUCCUCGUACGUAUGCAAUGUUAUCCAAAUUUCGAGGAAUUUAUUAUGUUUUAAGGAGUUGAAACGAAACUGAGUCAAUCCAUGAAUGAUGUUUUUUUUUUAUAUUUAUAAUGAUUAGUACACAUUAUUGAAUUCGGCUAAUUUUUCCAUUUUCCUUUAUUUUUUUAAAUUAGAGUUUGAAUUCAAAAAUUUAUUUUUAUUACGGUUUAUUUUUUCUGUUUUUUAGAGGUCACGAAAAAUUUGUUUUCAUAUUAAGACAAGGUUAUGUUAUGUUCCGUAUUAUUUGUCUAGUUAAGGUCUAGUUACAUAAGAAAAAAGGCAACAAUCGAUCCACUCUUUAUGAUAAUUAGAUUUAAAAUAAAUCCGUCACUAUGUAAAUAUAGCGUGGCGAGGUAAAGUUUAAAUAAGGUCUAAUUAAUAACAAUAGUAAUAAAUACCUCCUUCCUUCAAUUCUUUACAUAGCCUGGAGAUUUUCCACCAUCAUUCUCCUCA